AUGGUCACUACUGCUGAUAUAUUCAACCGGCCUCCUGCAAUAUCCGAAGAUACCCUGCAAUAUGUCCUCUACCCUCUUCCAGGCAUGACCGACCGGGCUUCCGUGACCACUCUGGCUACCGUCAUGCAGUCGUACGCGGAGAGCCUUCUGCCCGACUUCUUAUGGCACCGUGACCCUUUUGAGCUCAAGGUGGUCGCCGAUCCGGAGGGCGAUGGCUGGCUAUUGGAAGGGAGGAUGAGAGUCGGGGAUUCGGUCGAUGAUGAAUGGUGUGUCGUAUGGCUUCUCAGAGAGAUAAGCAAGAAAUGGGAUGCAGUUAUAAGCGUCUUCGACUCGGACGGAGAAUUCCUGUUGAUAGAGGCAGCCGAGGUGCUCCCUUCCUGGGUCACCCCGACCAACUCAGAAAACAGGGUCUGGAUCUACAACUCCCACCUCCAUCUGAUUCCUCUCUCACACAUCUCUGCACCGUCUAGCAAACGACAUCGCCGCGACUACCCGCGUGUCAGGGACGAUGAUGACCAAGUCGACGAGGCCGAGGAUGAUUUUAUUAAUCCUUCCGAUGCAGUAAAGUUGGUGCGCGACCCGUCGGUACCUACUACAGCAAGCCCCGAGGUAGAAGAGACUGUCUGGAAGAGAAUAUCUGGUUAUCCCGCCGCUGCUCGGCAACAUGUCCACGUAGCCAAUGCCUGGCUACCCGUGGAUAUCGCGAAGGCCCUCGCUGUAAGUCCAGCGCUCGUACAGAAACCCAUAGAGACAUUCUAUACGCGCGAUGCUAUCCAACUCCGGGCUGCGCAGAGGAUGUCGCGUUUCCCCCCUGAAUCAUCUGUACUGCGUCCGGUCAAAAUGACCCGAACAGCAUACGCUCAGCUGAUAGGUCAGAAGUUCCAUCCGCCGAAAGUAUUCGGUCGGUGGCGGGAACAGGAAGGUACCAAAGAAUGGCGGUGGAGAGAUAUUGGCAUGAAGAUCGCCUGUGGCUUUGAGAUGUUAUAUCAAGAAAGCAAAAGGAAGACAGACACGAUGACUUCCGCUGAGGCACUGAAUGCAUCCGCUGAAGCGAGGAAAGAAGCUCUUCGGCGCAACCCUGAAUAUGUCAAGUACAUGGAGAAUCUUGCUUCGUCGGGAUAUUUCAAGGGAGAGCAGCAGGGAUCUCAAUUGUGGAACGAACUCGAGACCAAGGCGGCCGAUGCUUUCAUUGCGGCAAGACGGGAAGACGAUGCAACGCGACCUUCCUUCGCUGAAAUCGUCUCGAGCGCGAUAUCGCAGGCUCGCGAGGAUGAUGUACAGUCUGCAGCCGGGUCAGAGGAUUCGGAUGACUGGCUGAACAUCGAUGCCGCGAGUUUCGACGACAUGCUCCAGAACGUGGCGGGUGGUGAUUCAAAGCCUGAUCAGUCGCAAGGAGAUGCCAUGCAAAUUGACCAAACGGAAAGUGGCGAGUUGGAGGAAGAACGUAUCGCUCGGAAGCAGGCCGAGAAACUUGAGCAAUUGGCAAAGAAAGUGGGUGAAUUCGUCGAAGGGCAGGGGGAUCUCUCGGGAGCACGUUUCGCCGAGUACGACCAGGAGCUUAGCGACGAGCACUUCUCUAUCUCGGAUGAUGAAAGCGACAACGAGCGUGAUGAGACCUCUGAAGAAGCCAAAGCAGCUCGUCAAGCCGCGAUGGAUAAGCUCGUACCCGGGAUUGAUCCGUCAGAGUACGGGCAGAUGCCGGCAUCGUAUCAUAGCAACUCACAGAGAGUGGCGAAGACUACCAUCGAGACCGACGCGGUGGAGGAGAGGCCCGCCAACGCGCCGGACAGUGUGAGGAAGCCUAUCAGGCCUCCAAUAUUACCCCGAAAUGAAUAUGAAGGGGUCGUCGAUUCCGAUGAUGAGUCGGACGAAGGUGAGGAUCAAGAGGAGGAGGAGGAGGACCGACCUCAGCUUGUCGGAGAUGUGGAAAUCAAUAUGGAUGAAGAGGAAGAGGAGUUCAUUGAAUUCGCUCGGCAAGCCCUAGGUCUAUCGGAUGAACAGUGGCGGGACAUUAUACAAGACCGUAAAGACAGAGGAGCUUUCAUACCUGCUUCCGCACGGAACGGUAACAAGUCCGUACCGAAGACAUCCACCACUGGCCUCAGCUCGUCUUUGCCUGUGGGUGAAGACCAUUCGCGACAGGCUCGGUCAACCAAGCCGGGAGGUAAUCCCAAUCUGGACUCUUUCGAAGCCGUGAUGCAGGCUAUGGAUGCUGAGCUCGCCUCAAAGAAGUCCGGCGGGGUGCCGAAGCCCGCGAAACCAGACAAGGGGAAGGGGAAAGCCAAGGGCCAGGAUACAGCGUUGGAAGACGGCAUGGACAUCGAGGAAGCGAUGGACGCCGAGCUUAGGGCGGCGAUGGAAAGGGGCGAAGAAGAGGGCGAAGAGGGCGCAGAAGGCGAAGAGUCGAUCGAUUAUAAUCUCAUAAAGAAUUUCCUGGAGAGCUUCAAGAGUCAGGGUGGUUUGUCCGGGCCUGUGAGCAAUCUGGCAGGCCGACUACAGCAGGGUUGGACUAUGCCUCGGGAUGAGCAAUGAUGCUUACCCGUUUGACAAUGAAAGAUAUGUAUGAGUAUAGUCUGUUAUGUAUCUCUAGUCAUGGUAUGCUCCCU